GAGCGCUCUUUGCCUUGUUCACCUAUUUACACCCAUUCAUACAAGCAUUUUUUGUACACUUUAAGUAUCUUUUUAUAUCAGCAUUAUCAAAGUGGACUUUCAUAGCACAGUUCCAGAAUUAUUUGCCUAAUAUUUAUUGUGUAUUUAUGUCUUUAAAUUGGCAUAAAUGGCAUUCCAUAUAAUGAAACCAAUAUGUUGUAUUUUUAUUAUUGAGUGCGCUACCAAUAACGUGCUUGUUAUAUAGAACAUAUCACAUAAUAAUAUCAACACAAAAACUUAUUGAUAUUUAGUCACAGUAUGGGCACAUCGAUGCACGUCUUAGCCAAAAAGAUGAAAAAUCCGAGGUCACAGAGAGUCCCUGAAAGCAGCUCGAUCGUCUAUUCUCCACCCUAAAGGAAGCCGUGCGACAUCCAUCAGACUCGCAGGACUCUCAGAGGUACUCUCGAGCUGUCCCCAGCCUGUAGCUCCAACAAACAGCCCGCUGGGACAUCACGCUGCGCUCCGGGCAGGCUGCUGAUCUCUGCCCGGAUUUACCCCUCGAACAGGACUGUGGGAGCGAUGCGACGUCUCGGAGGAGGAGGAGGAGACGAACUGGCCAGGCAGAAGCAGACACCUGAGAGGAGGAUCUGAGUUUGUUUCUGUAACGUCAAAGAAAGGUUUAUUGCGGUCAUCACUAUGACUGAUGGGGAUUAUGACUUCCUUAUAAAGCUCCUUGCCCUGGGGGACUCCGGCGUGGGGAAGACCACGUUCCUGUACAGAUAUACAGACAACAAGUUCAACCCCAAGUUCAUCACCACAGUCGGCAUCGACUUCAGGGAAAAGAGAGUGGUCUACACAGCGUCUAACCCCAAUGGGACGACCACGGGUAAAACCUUCAAGGUUCACCUUCAGCUCUGGGACACAGCUGGACAGGAAAGGUUCCGCAGCUUGACCACGGCCUUCUUCAGGGAUGCUAUGGGGUUCCUGCUGAUGUUCGAUCUCACCAGCCAGCAGAGCUUUCUCAACGUCAGAAACUGGAUGAGCCAGCUACAGGCGAAUGCUUACUGUGAGAACCCAGAUAUUGUUUUGGUAGGGAACAAGGCGGAUCUGGCCGACCAGCGGGAGGUUCAGGAGAGACAGGCCAAGGAGCUGGCCGAAAAAUACGGGAUCCCGUACUUUGAGACGAGUGCAGCGACAGGAGCAGAUGUGGACAAGGCGGUUCUAACGCUGUUGGACCUGGUCAUGAAGAGGAUGGAGCAGUGCGUCGACAAACCCCCUGCCGAGCCUGCCAAUGGGAACGGGGCCACAAAGCUUGGUGAUGCACAGCCGAAUGCUAAGAAAUGUGCAUGUUAGAUGAAGAGGCGAUACAGGACAACAACCAGUAACAUCAGAUAGUACCCUCUCAUGCAGUAUGGUAUCAGAAACAUGUUGUUUACAGGUAGUAUUGUCCUAUAUAGAUUAUAGAAAGUUGCACACUUAAUAAAGGGUAUAGCAUUUGACCUCAAUUGUUUGUGACCAUAUAUUAUAUUUCAUUCUUUUACAAUGAAGACACAAAUUUACCACACAAAAACAACCAAACAGCAUGUGACAUCAAUAAUAUUUUAAAAAUGAUGCCGUCUGCUAGCUUGGUAGUGAGCACCAUCCAAGCAGAUGAUGUAUCAUGUUCCUACUGUUGGUGAUUCUUAACGUUUACUUUCUGACCACAAUUUUUGUGGGGUGGGCGGGGGUUUAUUAUUAUUUUUUGUUAAGCCACAUCACCUGGUUUUACAUGGCAAACUUGAGGUUUUCACUGAAGUAGAAGACCACAAAUACUGGCAUUUUCCACCUUCUCAUAUCAAAUAUUAGCAUUUGAUAAGUUUAGAUAUAUCCUAGUCUGCUAAGGAUUCCUAAUAUCAUUAGAAAAGUUUUUUGGCUAGAUUUUAUAUGUUUGUUUCCAUUUCCAAAGUAUUAAUUAAGAGACAGUUUUUUCAGAUGGCUGAUGCCAUCAACACUAUAAAAGAUGGGCAUAGCUACUUGUUUUGAAGCCUCAAAAUGAGUGAUUUUGGCAUUGUGAAACCAGAUGUAGUGGAGCCAAAGUAAGCCAUAGUGAGCAUAUCCUGGAUAAUCCUCCUUUCUGACAUACAGAUUGACCAGAAUAUACAAAAUAAACUUAACGUUUUAGACAGUGUGACCCGAAAUGAGCAACUGACCUGAAACUCGGUAGCAAAAUGUUGACAGACAUGCAGACAGAGGGCCGUUUUCUUUACUUCUACAGAAACUGAAAUCUCAGCCUAUUGUUGGCCUUUGGAAAGAAUGCCAUCUUUAUUAUAGGACUUGUAUGGGUAUAGCAUGACACAUGUGCAAUAAAGGAAAAAAUCAAUUGCAUAUUGAUCAUUUUAAUAGUGUUUAUCAGCAUAGAUGUGUUGUUCCAAAGUGACCUACUGCCUUGACCUUUGAACCAUUAUUCCACUGUAGUCAGGCAGACCUUGUUGGGGGCGGUCCAGCUGUGCUAUUAGAUGUUCAGGAGGCACAUUGUCAUUGUAACUUUCUACCAUUUACUUAAAAAGCUCAAAAUAAAGUUGUCUGCAGCAACAAAUCAACAUCCAAGCUCUCUGAAUAAAUCCUUUCUAAUCACAAAAAUAAUAAUAACAGCAUAGAAUGGGAGUAAAAUGCAGAAUUAGUUUUAUCAGGUGACAUGAGAUCUUCAGUGCAGCUGAUUUUUGAUGAGACUUUUUCACAUCUUUACAUCAGAUAAUCAGAGAAACUCCAAUAUGGCUCUGGGCUCCAAUUCUGUCCAUGACUAAUGUUAGAUUAUAUGUUGACCAGUUAUUUAUUUUACAGUACAUGUGAGACAUAUGUAGUUAUUUCUGUUGUCCUGUUUUUGUUCUGUUCUUUACAUCCCACGUUCCUGUGUUACGUCAUCUAAUUUAAUUUAAUUUAAGUAGCUGCUUUUAU